AUGAGCGAUGCAGAGCCACAAUCAAAACGCAUAAAACUUUCCUUAGAACCGUCUGUCGAGAAACCACCAACCGACAUUACAGACCAGGGCGAGGAAAUAUACCAGGAUGAGCCUUCGCUACCCGAAAAACUGAUGGAAAAGGUGGAUCGGAUCUGGUACGAACGAGGCGACUGGCGCAACAUUACCGAAGAAAGUUUAAAGACUUCGAUUCAAAACAAAGAAGAAAAUGAUGGCGAAACUAGCGACGCGAUCAACGAUAUGCAGUCAGUCGUGCCAGCAGUACAACAGCAACCUCCUGGUUUUGAUAUUGUUAAAGUACGCGAAUCAGUUGUCAACAAACUUUUUCAUGCCAAAAGCGAAAUCGACGUAGCGUUAGACGUGAUCAAUAUACUGUUAUCCCAGAAUCGGCCCGGUACACUGUCGAAAGAUGCAGUUUUGCCAUUACCAGCGGGAUCGUUGCACGCGACCUAUGUCGCCAGACCAAGACCGACCAACAAAGCACAACUUGAAUCAGCUCAAUUGACGCUGGGUCUGAAGCGUAAACAACAACGAGCCGCGUCCGAAUUUUUACGAUCUAGUGCAGCAAAUCUCAAAAAGCUGGUCGAGGUUGAACAAACAUUCUGGGACGAAGCAUUGGAUUUACGACGAAAUAAUUGGUUAAUGCAAGCGAACACGGCUCCGCCUGCUAUGGGAGGGUUGUCCGUAUCGAAUGCAGGAACAUCAUUUUUGGUGCGCUAUGGCUAUACUGACGUGGGUUCCGAUUUCAGCGAAGUGUCGUAUGGCGAAUUCAGUAGAGCAGAAGGCGACGAUGACGAUGCAAAUACCCAGACACAGCUUAAUUUACCGCACAAUGUACAACGUCGCCUUGUUGCUAAUGUCAGAAAAUGCCAUAUGGAACGACUUGCGCGUCAAUUUGAACUUUCAUCGGAAGUUAUCAUGGGCACAUCGGAAAAAGGAGAGGAAGGCGAGACAAAAAACGAACCAAUCCCGUCACUGUCAUUGGAUACUCAUCAAAGCAAGGUUCAGCAGCAACUUGUUGAAGCACAGGCUACAGUGUUUGAUGCUGAACUCUAUUCUGCAGUGCUGUCAGAAGCUCAAGGUUUAACGAAUACCAACGACGUGCAUUUUGCGGACGAAGAGAUCAUUGUCAAUGUGGACGGACAUGUCGACCUUGCUAUCCAACGCGUUCAAAAGACCAAAAACUGUAGCAGCAGCAAUGGCGACGUUACCAUGACAACCGUGAAAUGUACUACACAACAGAUGGCUGGACGAUCACUUGACUUAGCACUUCGACUUUUGCUUAUUCAACGACAUCGAUUCAAUAUGUGGAAAAGCCGUGCACGAUUGCUAUGUUCCAGCAGGAAGACACAGCAACUUCUUGCAUCCAUCGGAGAGUCAGUCACAUACCAAGGUGCAUCAGCUGGUCCUGGUGGCAACACAACUGGUGGCGGACCUGGAUCAGCACCUAGCAGCAGUGGCAGUGGUGCUGGCGGAAGAACCAGUCGACUGCAACCCCAUCAUCAUACGCAAGCAGGCCUUGCAGUAGUGGCUCCUAGAACACGCAAAAUCAACCCUGUGGUGCCUAUUUUAUCAAACGCCUUAUCCAUGUGCAAAUUCUGGGUUCUUUUCGACCGCGUGCGGCAACUGGUAUAUGAUGUGAUUGAGCCAUUUAGUAGCGAAGGUGGCGUGGAUCUAGCGGUACACUAUGAAAUGCAUUCUGAAAGCCAGCAACGACGGAAAGCUUCAGUGUGUGAUGCUUAUCCUGAUGUGAGUGAUAUGUCAAUUACCUUGAGUAUCGCCAUCAAAAAGGGACAGUUCCUCCUAUUCCGACUGCACCAAUCUGGCAACAUUACUGUACGAUUACCGCAAGGACUCGUCACUUUGAGCAAUAUCAGUGAAUUUCAGGCACUUUUGAUCCGUGAAAUCAAUUUGAUCUGCCUGCGGAUGGUAUGCGAUGCGGCAAACGACAUUGUACGUAAUUCUCCUUCGUACAAGACAGCAACUACCAGCGAGCAGGCACGGUUACUGUGGAAGGUCGAUGAUAUUGAGGAAAUGAUUAAUGGAUCACUUUGGUGGGCUUUGGAUCCUUUAUCAGGAAAAAGCCAUGUCUGGCGAAGCAUGUAA